AUUCCAUCAUCAGUGCUGUAUGAUUCCAUCUCUACAAUUAUUACAACCCUCUUCAUCACAGGGGUUUGUAUCACUCACGUCUAUGGAUGGGAUGGCCAGUACUAACAAACCAGAAUUAAACAUGGAUUGUUUAAAGUGUAGUCUACCCAAGAACUAUUCCUGAGUUAACUUACUUCCCAAGAACGGCAUCCGGAGACAGAUAAGGAAGCCCCCUAGCAAGAAUCUGGAGUGGUUCUCAUCUGAUGGCCAACCUGAAGAAGCUCUUUCUAUUGCUACUCUCCUUCACCAGUGGCAGCUUCCUGACGUGGAUGGUGACAAUGAGCACCUUGGAGGAAUAUAAGAUGCUCCUGCAAGAAAGGGCUAAGAUGUUAAGGAGUGAUGAUGACUCCUUCACAACGAGAGCUGGUGUCUUACAAGACGUGACGCAUCCUACCACUAGUCAUGCUAUUCGCACUCAAGGUAUUAAAUCGAAGACAUUGCAUAAUCCGGACUUAAAAACCAACAAAACUAGAGUGCUAUGCUGGGUUCUGACGUCACCGUCCACUCUUCAGACCAGAGCCAUCGGCAUCAAGGAAACUUGGGGUCCUCGCUGUGACGUCAUAUUGUACAUGAGCUCUGAGACCGAUCCAGAGUUCCCAACAGUUGGGCUCGAUGUUAAAGAAGGAAGACCAGCUCUAUGGAACAAAACUAGGGCCGCUAUCAUGUACAUCUAUAAGCAUCAUUUCAACGACGCUGAUUGGUUCAUGAAGGCUGAUGAUGACACCUACGUCAUAAUGGAGAAUUUGCGAGAUUUUCUGCAGGAUAAAGACAGCGGUAAACCGGUUUACUACGGCCAUCAUUUUAAACCGUAUAUCCCCCAAGGAUAUUUGAGCGGUGGAGCUGGUUAUGUGAUGAGUAGAGAAGCCCUUAGAGCAAUUGUGGUCAACCAACUAGAGAUACCAUUGGCUACACCGAGCUGUGAAUACUACAAGACGAUUAGAAGUGAAGAUGUAAGGGUGGGAUUGUGUAUGCAGAUGGCUGGAGUAACCGUUGGAGAUUCAAGAGAUGAUCAGAAUAAGAAUAGGUUCUUACCAUUGACUGUAGAGAGUUUCUUCACAAAGAAUGUACCAGAGUGGUUUAAUCGUUUCUCGAAACAUAAAACUAAACUGGGUCCGGAAUGCUGUUCAGAAAGCCUGAUAUCAAUCCAUUACGUCACCGAUCGGGCGUCGAUGCAAUUGCUGGAUUAUUACAUCUACCGCUUAAGGAGAAACAAAACGUGACGUCAUCACGUCAAAGCGAUCGUCUGCAGAGAUAUCUUU